AUGGAUGAGGACGACUACGGCGACUUUUCAGAUGAGGACUUUAUAAAUGCAUGCAGUCAAGCCUCCCAAGUUUUACCACCAUUGCGUCGUUUGCCACAGUCACAUCUAAACAAGCGGCCGAGGGUGACAGAUUCAGACGAUGAGGGGGGGUCUGGCGAAGACGAUGAGGAGUCUGCGAAACAGAAGAAGAAGAAAUACAAGAUUCAUGUAGGAGUUGGAGAAGUCCCGGCCGCAAAGAUUGUGGGCGCAACGCAGGCGGAUGGGCAUCCGGAUUCCAGUCCGUACCGCAUCAGAGGCCCGAUAUUCAGAAAACCAAGACCCGAAGCACCCAAAUCUGCGGUUGCUCAGCGACAGAAUACCAUAUUUGAUUCUUUCAGACCGCGACCAAAGACACCACCGCAGAUUGACGAUUUUUCAAGGGAAUUGGAUGGUUUGCCAUCGGAUGCCUUCUCAUCGCCAGAACCAGCAAACAAGGAGCCUAUACUUAUAGGAUCCUCACCUUUAAGACCCACUCAGCUCCACCCCCCACCGCGGCAGCGACUUGUAGCACCUCAGAAUGGUCUCCGUCAGACUACUCUUUUCGGUGGUCAGGCCCCCGUCGAAGUGCCGGCUUCGCAGGCCAGGAAGGUUCAUAACUUCAUUGUUGAUUUACCACCAGAAGCCCCAACUCACCAUGAACUCAACGAGGAAGCCCUCACAAAAUGGGUGUAUCCCAUGAAUAUCGGUAGCAUUCGAGACUAUCAAUUUAGUAUCGUGAGAAAUGGUCUUUUCAACAACCUCCUUGUAGCACUCCCUACCGGAUUAGGAAAAACCCUCAUUGCAGCUACAGUUAUGCUCAACUACUUUCUCUGGACCAAAGCUUCUCAGAUCGUAUUUGUGGCUCCCACCAAGCCCCUGGUAGCACAACAAGUAGAGGCUUGUUUUGGCGUGGUUGGAAUACCAAAGUCCCAGACCACUAUGCUAACUGGGGAGCAAGCACCGCCACUUCGAGCCGAGGAGUGGACAGAUAAAAGAGUGUUUUUUAUGACCCCACAAACACUUGAGAACGAUUUGUCAACUGGGAUCGCCGAUCCGAAGAAGAUUGUUUUGCUUGUAGUAGAUGAGGCACAUCGUGCAACUGGCAAUUACUCCUACGUUAAAGUCGUGAAGUUUUUGAGAAGAUUCAACAAGAGUUUUCGUAUCCUUGCUUUAACUGCAACCCCAGGUGCAAGUGUUGAGGCGGUGCAAGAGGUAAUCGACAACUUGGAAGUUUCAAAGGUCGAAAUCCGAACAGAAGAAUCCAUCGAUAUUGCACAAUAUGUUCACACCCGAAGUACCGAGAUUAUCACCCUAGACCCUUCAGAAGAGAUUAAUCUUAUCAAGGAGCAUCUCUCCAAGGCCUUGCAACCAUUAGUUUUUAAACUAUGCGCCCAAAACGGCUAUUACAAUAAAGAUCCGAUGUCACUUACACCCUAUGGCAUGAUACAAGCCAGAAAAACUUGGUUCAGUAGUGGUGCUGGCAAGAGUGCAAACUUUGGACUCAAAGGUAUGAUGAAUGCACUUUUUACUGUCCUUUCAGGCAUUGCACAUGGCAUAAAGCUGCUAAACUUCCAUGGGAUUGGGCCGUUCUACUCGUAUAUGAAGGAUUUUCAACAAGGCGUCGAGGAGAGUAAUAAGCCUUCAAAGUACCGAACUGAAAUCUUGGAAAGCGCAGAUUUCAAAAAGAUGAUGGACUAUAUGCGUACAUGGAUCAAUCGAGACGGUUUUGUGAGUCACCCCAAACUCACAGAACUUUCCAAUACGAUUUUGAAUCAUUUCAUGGAUGCUGGGGCAGGAAGACUAGGCGAAGACAUGCCACCAUCAGCGACCCGAGUCAUUGUCUUCUCAGAAUUUCGGGAUAGCGCUGAGGAGAUUUCCCGCAUACUCAAUCAGCACCAACCGCUGGUCCGGGCAUCUGUGUUUGUUGGUCAAGCUGAUUCCAAGCGUUCCGAGGGCAUGAAUCAGGCAAAGCAGCUCGAGACAAUUCAAGACUUCAAAAAGGGGAAGAUUAAUGUCAUUGUAGCCACUUCGAUUGGUGAGGAAGGAUUAGAUAUCGGUGAGGUAGACCUCAUUGUUUGUUACGAUGCUUCAGCAUCUCCCAUUCGAAUGUUGCAACGGAUGGGUCGAACUGGAAGAAAACGCGCAGGAAAGAUUGUUCUUUUGUUGAUGCGUGGCAAAGAGGAGGACUCUUUCGCGAAAGCCAAGGACAAUUACGAACAGAUGCAGAAAAUCAUUAGCUCAGGAGAACGCUUCAAUUUCCGACAUGAUCUCUCUGUUCGUAUCAUUCCAAAAAGUAUCAAGCCUGAAGUGGACAAACGAAUGAUCGAAAUUCCUAUUGAGAAUACACAAAAUCCAGGCUUACCCGAGCCAAAGCGAAGAGCCACGAAGAAAAAAAUGCCGCCGAAGAAAUUUCGUAUGCCAGAUGGGGUAGAAACAGGAUUUCAGUCGGCUUCACGGAUGUCGGGAAAUGGCACGACGUUGACCGACAUGGGUGUGAGUGUGAAGAAGAUACCCAAACCAAAAGCCGUGCCCAAGUCUGAGCUGUCUCCUAUUGUGCCCCUAGAGUCAGUUCUACUCAGUCAGGAAGAUACCAGGGAACUCGUUGAACGGUUUCAAAACAUCGCAGGAAAUGAAAUUGAAGAAGUCGGAAUGCCUGAUUUGACUGCCCAGCCGGAAUCACAAAGGAUAUUGGGACCGACAAGUAAAGUUUCUCAUGGAAAAUAUACAGAGAGAUUUGUGAACUUGGCCAAGACCCUUGCAAGAUCACAGAACCCUAGGGACCGGUUCGUAAAGCCUUACGGAGACAGACCACCUUCUCUAGGAUCAUUGUAUAUUCCGAUAUUGAUUGAGCAUGGAAUGGAAGCUGCGCCUCCUCGUUCUCGACCUAAAAAGCCAGCACCAAAACCCAGAAACCCACCAAAGCCCAAAAAAGCACUAAGGGCCAAUAGAAGAAAGAACACUCAUAUUAUGUCAGAUCCAGGAAGCGGCAUGGAGGCAACCCCUGGGGCUACAAAUCGGCAAGAAAUAAGCGGCGACGAUACAGAGGGAGAGGGUGACGAUUUAGCGAAUAGCGAAGAGAUAUCAGAUGACAGUGAUGAUUCUGGGAGCUUACAGGAUUUCGUUGUCCAUGAUGGUAUGUCCUCUAGCGUCGGAGUCCCUAGAGGAAGUAUCUUGACACGCUCAUCGAGUCCGCCAUCAGCAAGGCAAAAGAAAGGAGCUCGUAAACGACCGCUCUUUGUGUCAACACAAGAUACUAGUGAUGACGAUGAUAAAUUUCCGGAUCUGCAAUCGCUUGGCAAGACUCCGAGGUCUACCAUUCGAGCAGCAACACAACUUGGUUCUGAUCCAGCUCCUGUUGCCUUUGGUGGUAGAAGACGAAAAGCCCCUCCCAUAUUCGAAGAUGAUAGUGAUGAAUGA